AUGUCGGCCAGAAAGGGCGAUCUUCACCCUAGCACAGCCAUGACAUGCCCGAACAACCAUGCUGCCAAUCCCUUUUUUGUGGACUCUCUUAUCAACGUGAGGGGCGAUGCUGGCGCCUAUUACCACAGCAACGGCGUGUAUUUGCCACCGGAAUACUCGUACGGACUCCCCGGUGGCUCCUCUUGCUUCCCCGGGAUCGCCAAGCGCACCGAGGGAAGCGCGCCUAGUGGCAUCCCGCCGUCCGCGCCCUACGCCGCGGGGAUGGAGACGUGGCUGGAGGCGUCUCGCUCUUGCAGAGUGGAGCAGCCCAGCGGCCAACAUAUGGGCCAGCAAUGCUCUUUCUCCACCGCCAUAAAGGAGGAGAACGCAUAUUGUCUUUACGAGUCAGAUAAAUGCCCAAAAGGAGCCACGGUGGAGGAUAUCUCCUUCUCCGGUGCACCGUGUCCACCCACAGGCGGCAGCACCGUGCCUGUUCCCGGUUACUUCCGCUUGUCGCAGACUUACGCCUCCCCCAGGCUUUACCACGAAGCCCAGCCGAGCGUGAAUAACUUCCCACCGCAGAGACCUCCCCGCGCGCCCCUGCAGCAGGCUCAUCCCGCUCGGACUGCUUCCUCUGGGCCGCGGGAGAGCCACGAGGAGGCGCCCGUGACCGAUCCAUGCGUCCCGGACAGGGAUGAGGACAACCGGCUGUCCUCCGAUGACUCCUCGUCACCAGAGCCUGCGGAUGCCUGCAGUGUGGACUGUGAGGAAAAGCCCAUAAAAGAUGUUGGCAAAAUGGAGAGUCCGGCCAACUGGCUGACCGCCAAGAGUGGAAGAAAGAAGCGAUGUCCUUACACUAAGCACCAGACUCUGGAGCUGGAGAAGGAGUUCCUCUUUAACAUGUACCUGACCAGGGAGCGGCGCCUGGAGAUCAGCCGCAGCGUACACCUGACCGACAGGCAAGUGAAAAUCUGGUUCCAGAACAGGAGGAUGAAACUGAAAAAAAUGAGCCGGGAGAACAGGAUCCGGGAGCUGUCGGGAAACUUCACCUUUUCCUGAGACCCGGCGGAUUCAUUUCCCACCAUCCCAUUCGACUGUGAGAAUAAGCAGGACCCUGUAUACUUGGCUAACUUAUUGAAUGUUAUUAUUUUGGCUUUUAAUCGUCGUGGGCGUGUAUUUAUAUAAAUGACAUUUGUAAACGUUGUCUUUGAAAUGUUCAGAAUGGGGCCGCAAUGUACAUUGUGUAUAGAUAGCGAACCAUAUGUGCAUGCAGAAUUAUACCCCUUUGGUGUUACAGUGAGAAAUUUAUGAGUAUUUGCACAUUUUGCUGGCCAACAUAAUAAAAUACAAUCUUCACGAAUGCCAACUCCAUAUACUUCAUUGUCGCUGUAUUAAUGACUCCCCUAGGAAUGAUUAUUUUGGGGACUUUGGGGGACUGUACUA